AUGAAGUCAAUACUGCCAUUAUUAGAUGGAUCCAACACCAUAUUCUGCAAUGGACCCGAUGUGACCGACACUAGUCUGGUAGAGGCGUUUGCCAAAAUGAGUUAUGCCUCCACCGAAAGCGGACUAAACAAUUUUACCAUGGUCACUAUAGUGUCGCCAAAUGUCACACAAUUGCCGGAAAAUGUGUUUGGUAAAAUACAUUUCCAGAAUAUUGUUAUAGAGGAUUCGCCUAAAUUACAUGAUAUACACAGUAACGCCUUCCGGGGCACAGAACACGACGUACAGAGACUGGAAAUACGCGAUACACCCGUAAUCGUACACAACGGCGGCGGACAUAACGUGUUUCACGCGAUAAACUCGUUGAAAAACGUGGAGAUCGUGCGCAUAGAGAAUACGGGUCUCUAUUCAGUGCCUUCGGGCGCCUUUCGAUACCUACCAAAACUGCGCGAACUGUCCAUAAGGAAGGGCAAAGUGGAACGGGUGGAGAGCCACGCGUUUCAGUUCUUGCCCCAGCUAGAACAUUUAAACCUCGAUCACAAUUUAAUCACUAAAAUAGGAGACACGGCGUUUGAUCUAGAUCUAAUUGGCAUCCCGAAUCUUGAUAAUAGAUUUCACUUAAAUUUAGACUACAAUCAAUUAACAGUUGAUUCUCUGUGGGAACGGCCGGACCUUUUGGCGCAUUUAGGCAAUCGAUAUAACAAUACAAUAAGCCUUUACAACAACUCCAUCACGUUUUUGAGCGAAUAUACAUUUAAGGACUUUUUGAGUCGUUACCAAAAUAGUGUUGACGUUAUACUGGACUGUCAUUCAUGUGAGAACUAUUGGCUGGUUAACAGUGGUUUGAAUCGGACCCGCAAUGAGCAGACAAUGACCUGUAGUAACCAAAUUUAUGGUCUCUACCAACCAAAUAAUUUUGAUGAUUGUUAA